AUGGAUCCGGUCAAUUUGCUCCACGCGGCCCCCAAGCCAUAUACCGACUCAUGCGGCGAACGCUCGCCUCCCGUCGAAGUGCCCAGGUGCACACUGCCUUCAAUCUCGACCCUGCUCGAGAAUGCUGAUCGCCACGCAGCCAAGCGGCAACGCCUCAGCCCCUUGUCGCACUGCGGCACCCACUACGACGCCAUCCGCCUCCCGCCCAUGCCGCCGCGGCGGCCAGGCUCCGGCUCCGGUCACGGCAGCUCGCCGUUGCAGCAACUGAGCAAACCCAUACUCGCCGCGUUGCAUCCGCACCGCACCCCCGUCCCCACCAGCUCGGCCACGCACCUGUCCUCCUGGCCGUACGCCUCGCCUGCACCAAGGGUGUCCUACACAUCGCCGGUCGACGCACCAAAGCAAGGCAAUCUGUACUACGCUCGCCGGCCCGCAACAGCAAAUCUCCAGCCGCGAACGCCCGCCCUUAUCUCCCCCGUCACCCCGGCUUGGCAACAGCACCACCACCACUAUUUCCCGCCGUCCAGCUCUGCACCCUACCAGCAGAACCAUAACCGCUAUGUCUGCCGCACUUGCCACAAAGUUUUAUUGCGCCCGUCUUCCCUGCGCAUCCACACCCGCACCCACACCGGCGAGAAGCCGUUCCGCUGCACCCAUUCCGGCUGCGGCCAGGCCUUCUCUGUGCGCAGCAAUAUGAAGCGCCAUGAACGGGGCUGUCGCUCUGGUCGGCCGGCCAUUCCUGCUACUCUUGAUCACACCAACUCCGUGUCAAAAUAUUGUUCGACAAUUGUUGAGAAUCUACCAAUUUACUGGGGUCUGGAUGAUCUGCUUGACGAUGUUCGAAAGGCAGAAGCUGAUUUUGAAGGUGUGGACACCGAGAUCCGACAUGUGGUUGAAAGAGGUAACCGAAAGAUGAAUAAGUUUGCAAGGAAGAUGGACGACAACCUUUUUUACUUUGUGGCUUCCGUGCUAGACCCGCGCAUUGAGUCAUCUUUGAUUGGAUCGCAGAAUAGUGAGCAAGAUGCGGAGCUGAUCAUCUCUCAAGUGCGGGAGUUCUUAAAAAAGGAGUAUCCUCACGAGCCGUCCAUCUCGUGUGAAGUUGAUCGCCCACCAGGAAUGCCGGAGACCAUGUGGAGGACGCUGCGAAAAAUACGGCCAUCACGGCGGACGCUUUUAUCCGACGUUGAUAGCUAUAUCUAG